AAGCGCGAAAUGUAAACAUGAUGAGGAGUUGAGCAUGUCAGCAGGUGUCUGUCUGUCUGCAAUAAUAUGGCAAGUGCGAAGGAAAGUUGCAUGCGCCGACCGCACACGCGUCUCCAUGGCGACCGCGUUGGAAAACAGAGCGGCGCUGCCAGGAAUCAUGGCAUUUGCGACUAGUCGGUCUUUGACUCAGGUCAAAGGACAGAGGCCAUGGGUUCUGCCUUCAGCGGCGGCAAAGACAAGGUCGAGCCAGCAUCACCCGAAAAGGAAGGAAGCGCUACAGCAGACUCGGAAGAAACCCCCUUCGUCAAAUCAAGAAGAUGCACCGACGCGGCUUGCAUGAUUGUUUUCAUCGUUUUCUUCAUCCCAUUGAUCGGCCUGUUGAUUUACUGCAUUCGCUACGGCAACAUCUAUCGCAUCCUGAACGGCUACGACAGGUGCGGCAAUGUGUGCGGGAGGGUCACGGAGCGCGUCGGAAUCGCCCCCAAUGACCCCAAGUUCACCUGUUUCGGCGCCGACAUGACCAAAUACAAGUUUUUGAUGGUUCGAGGGGCGGGAAUUCGCGACUCGGAGCAACAAGAGGCCAACGUGAACAGGGAGUGCGUCUCGUCCUGCGCGGGAUAUCCUGGCUACAGAGAAUUCUUCAACCGCUGCAUACCGGAAAAAACGCAGGAUCAGGUCAACGUUUUCUUCUCAAAAACUGGACUUUCCAAUUUCUUUCAGGAAGUCUCCGAGGACAUGGAUCUUUGUUGGAAGGAAAUUCUCGCCCUGUUUUUCAUUGCUCUUGGUUUUUCGCUGGUUUUGCUAAUUCUACUUCGAGUCGCAGUCGCUUUGGUGGUUUGGGUCAUGCUGGGUACGGUUUUGAUUGUGUGCUUCAUCGCCACAGCUUAUCUUUGGGUGCAAUGGGCCAAUAAAAGAGACAAACUUAAAGAAGACUACCGGUAUUUGCCCCAAAGCCAGAGUGCAAGCGAAACUAAGAAUCUCAACUCUUACAUGGGCUACGCAAUCGCCGCGACUGUCAUUUCGGUCAUCGUCCUGCUGUUGAUUCUGGGCCUGCGUUCGAGGUUAAGGCUGGUGGUGCAGCUUUUCAAAGAGGCGGGCAGGGCAAUUACGGACAUGCCGUCGCUGCUAAUACUGCCGUGGCUGACUUUCAUUUGCGUGGGGAUCGCUAUAGUUGUUUGGUUCUUUUUGGCACUUUUGAUCGAAAGCUCUGGAAUGCUCACCAGCGAGAACAACGUUAAUUUCAAUUACAAAAAGGACGGAGCAAUGAUGGUUACUCGCUGGUAUAAUCUUCUGGCAAUGUUUUGGGUGACGCAAUUUUUCAUCGCUUGUCAACACAUGGUUGUGGCUGGAGCCGUUGCUUUUUGGUAUUUUUCCAGGAGGAAAUCUGCACUGAACAGUCCGGUGGCGAAAAGCAUGUCCAGAACGGUCCGCUAUCAUCUCGGCUCGGUGGUUUUUGGCUCUUUAUUGGUGGCGAUCGUGCAGUUCGCCAGGGUGAUUUUGCAAUCGGUUUACAACACGCUCAAAACCGGCGAGGAUAGCACAAUAAAAACCAACUUGGCUAAAGUUUGCGGCUGUUGUUUGGCGUUGUUUGAAAAGUUCCUCUCCUACAUCAACAGAAAUGCCUACAUUGAAAUAGCUUUGAAGUCGACAAACUUUUUGGAGUCGAGUAAAAGGGCGAUUUCUGUGAUCGGCAGCAACGCGUUGAGGGUUGCGGCGAUCAAUUCCGUAGGGGAUUUUGUUCUCUUCUUGGGAAAAAUCGCAGUGGUGCUGAGCACCAUGUUGGUCGGAAUCGCGAUGAUCCAGAACAAAGAAGGAGUGCAGCAUGUCUGGGUGCCCAUUACUCUGGCCUCGAUCUUCGCCUACUUGGUGGCGCACUCUUUCAUGACCAUCUACGAGAUGGCUAUCGACACGAUAUUCAUUUGCUUCUGCGAGGACUGUGAGAUGAACGACGGCGUGGCAAAGCCUUACUUCAUGAGCAGGGCUCUCAUGGAGUUCGUGGACGAGAGCGACCCGAACCGGGCGACCAGACCUUCUUCCGCCAAGACCGAGAUCGAGUGAGCAGCGAGAAAAAUCAUCAUUUUUUGUAAUUUUAUUUGCAGACGAGCGUUCAAAACGUUAAAAAAAAAACGCCUGGGAGUUUAAAAUAACGGGCACAUGGAGAAUUGUCUCGAGUUUUUCCCCAAAAAACCAGAAGUCCGAAAAGAGUACAACGAUUUUUUAAAUGUGAACGCUUCUUUUUGUACUCGACGCUAAUUUAGAAAAUUAAUGUCGUAUUUCAUGAGUGUUGCGUGUCUCGAUUUAGUAAAUGAAUUUAAUAAUUUUAAACUUACUAAUUUCAUAAUCUUAAAUCUUAACAAAAUCAAAUCAUUUCAAUUUAUUUAUUUUUAUAGUUUAAAACGUUUAAAAUUUAUUAGAAAAGGUUUUUUAAAUGAUGUAUUUCUAAUAAUUAAUUUGAAAGUAGCAAUAAAAUGUGCAUAUUUAAAAAACGUAGAUAUAUGUUAGAAUAUUAGGGUGGUGUUCAAAAUUGCUUAAAAAGGGGGUCCAAAAACAUUCUGUCUAUUCAAGCGUUGUGACGUGUUUAUUCUUAUUGUGUUUAUUACAUAAAUGAAAAAUGGUGACAUCUAAUAAAUAAAUAAAUAAAAUUAAUAUCGA